CUCGUUUCCUCGUUUUAAUUUUCGGUCAUCCUCCGGUUAUGCGACGAUCUCGUUGCCGGCCUGCUUGCUUAAUCUUAGUUCCUCUUCAAUGCGAAUGGCGAUUCGGUGAGCCGACCUGCGACCCGAUCUUCGCAACACCUCGGGGCUGGAAGAGUUCGCGACCGUCAAACAACAGGGGAUGCGCGUUGCUGGCUGAUGAUUCGCUGCGGUGGCCGCGUCGAUUGCCGACCGAAGAAGACAACAAAAACACUUGGUAUCGGCGGAAUACGAUACCGGGAGCCGAAGGGUGGCGGUUACGCCUCGCUUGUGACGAAAAGACUUUGGAGCAAGGGACUGAAAACCUGCUCCCAAGGAAGCUUCGAACAACAAACGCGUACCUGUCUAGCAAACGCAGAGUAACCUUGUGCGUGUGCGACCAGAUGUGCGCCUUCGGGACGAGGCAGCGGCGUGCGGGCGAAACAAGGGAGUCGCCGAGAAGCGGGCGCAGAAUAAGAACCAAAGGACGGAGGGAAGGAUCCAGGAAAUUACGGGUACAGGCGGAUGCAAUGAAGCGUCCACACUAUACAAUCAAUAGAUAAGAUCAAGAAAAGAUAAGUAGGGAUUAUUAAGAGUGAAAUGACGUGGUAGAAGAAAAGGAAGGACCAGGGUUCAAUGCGAAAGGAAGGGUAAGUAGGGAAAGAAGAGAAAAGCAAAGUAAGAAGUUGGUAAGUCCGAAGGGGAAGUAGACACAAGGAAAAAAAGGGCAAGGGCAAUUGGAAGGGGGGUUGAAGUGGUGGAAGGGGAGAGGGGAAGGGGAAAAAUGAGGGAGUGAUUCAAGGCAGCGAGUGCCAGUUGUUGAUGUUGUUGUUGUUGGUCAACGAGACGAGGGCGACUCGUUCGUUGGGCGGGGGAAAGAGAGGGAGGGAGGGAGAGGGAAGAGAGGGACGGAUGGACGAGAGUCAGUCACCCUAACCAGAAUAACAACUAACUAGCCUAACUACCUCACUAACUCACUACUCACUCACUACUAAUCUUGGGGUACCCGGAGUGAGUUAGGCUGUUAGCAGUAAUUGUGAGGAACGAGG